AAAGUCCCCAGCUGAGCGGCAUAAAUACAGUGCCGCGGCAGAAAGAAAAAAAGACGCGCGAAAACUAAAACAAAAAUCACCUGAGGGGCGCGCGCCGCUGCCGCCAGGGGACAGUCGCGCGCCGCGAGUGGCUGAGCCCCGUCCGCCUCGUGCAAGGCGGGUCCUGAUUGGCCGUGCGGAAUCUAUUUCACGCUGCCCGUCCCUGAUGCUCAAUCUCUUCGCUAGAUCUCUGGCCGUCCGCGCCAACCGACCACUGAGGCACCUGUCCUGCCGUUACAACGGAACCAGCAACAACGCUAGCAUGCCCGGAUCCCUGACCGAGAACCUGACGGAGAGCCAGACGCGGGCCAUGUGGAGGGCCGCAGACUGCGUCUGCUUCGACGUCGACUCGACCGUCUGCAUGGACGAAGCCAUCGACGAACUGGCCAGGUUCGCCGGAAGGGACAAGGAAGUGGCUGAUCUCACCAACAAAGCCAUGCGGGGAGGCAUGACGUUCAGGGAAGCACUGGAGCGGCGGCUGGAGCUGAUCAAGCCGACGGCACGCAUGCUCCAGGAAUACAUCGAACAGAACCCUCCGCGGCUGUCCACAGGCAUCGAGGAGCUAGUGGCACAACUGCAGUCUCGCGGCGUAGCAGUGUACCUGGUCUCGGGAGGCUUCCGGUCCAUCAUCGAAAGCGUGGCUGAUGAGCUCGGCAUACCCCGCAAGAACAUCUACGCCAAUCAAAUCAAGUUUUACUUCAACGGGGAGUAUGCGGGCUUCGACGAGACGCAGCCCACCUCGCACCAGGACGGCAAGGCGAGAGUAGCAGCAUUCCUCAAGCAGAAGCACGGCUUCCAGCGCGUCGUCAUGGUGGGCGACGGAGCCACGGACAUGGCUGCUUGCCCUCCUGCCGAUGCUUUCAUCGGCUACGGGGGCAACCAAGUCCGCGAGAAAGUGAAGAAGGCGGCGUCGUGGUUUGUCUACAGUUUCGACGAACUAGUGCAAGAGCUGAAUAGGAACUGAGUGGAAGCCGUGCUCUCGCGCAUAUUUAUUUUGUACAGCACACUAGCCAAACCUCUGUCCUUGUGCCUGUGACGGGAACCGAAAGUCGCGGAAACAAGCUCAACAGUUUUCUUCGUUGCAUUGUCAUCUUGUUUAACUUAACAUUUUAGAAACUAACACCAACUAACACUAUGAUGCCUCCAUGCUUCGAAGCUUCGUUUGCCAAGACGUGACACAGUGUCUACUGGAGGCUACUUUGUAGGGAGCACCAACAAAAAUGCGGAACUAAACUAUCCGCUCCAACAGCCUUGCAGGUUUUUGACAAAAUGGCAAGUUGUUGAUGAGCCUUUAAAAGUUCGACGUUAAGUUUUGCGAGAGUUGCUGUUGCUGGGAGUGGUUCUAUAAAAAUAUACACAGUAACCGUUAAAGGGCGUUGUAAAUGUUUGCCAAACAUGGCAUAUAGUUUCAUAAAUCUUUUAAUUGAGAGCUGUUGUAAAUGUAUGAAAAGCAUGACAUAGUUUAGUAAACUUUUGAAGAGCUGGCGUUCAUCGUUUGGUCCACAAGCGAUGUGCACGAGGACAUGUUGGACCACCGUUCGUAGAGGUGAAGCAAAAAGAUCUGGCCGCACGAGACUCUUAGCACGUGUGGAUGUUGUGUACCGAAAAGAAAUUGUGAAGAAAAAAAAAAUGGUUGAGAAAUGUGA